GACCCGUCCCCCUCAGAUCCCGGGGCUGUGUUUAUUCAUCCGCCUUUCACUGAUUUCCCCUAUGCACCGAAAUACAAGGACGGGUUGACCUAUAAUCUAAUGGCCGCCAAUCCCGAAUGGUUCUUGGAUCCGGCGGAUUUUGAUAAUGUUGAAGGCGGCAAUCCCACUGGAAUCAGGUAUCCAUCUCAGCUUGAACCUCCACGUGGGUGGUGCCCCACGAAGAAAAAGGACAUCAAGGAUGGCUGGCCAGAAGGAGAAGAGCCACGUCUUCGCUGCACAUUCUGCAGACGCACCUACGCGGGCGUGAACGCAAAGUCGAUGUGGCGGCGGCAUGUGUACGAGAAACAUCGUAUCGCCAUGUCCAAUCGCAGAGAC